AUGGCCGUCUGCUCGGAAAAAGUCAUUUUAAGAGAACAAAAGUAUGGAGGGUUGGUCAAUCAGGGAUGCACGUGUUAUAUGAACUCGGUCCUCCAACAGACUUUCCAUGCGGCAAAUUGCGCACAAUUACUGAUGGAAAAAGCAAUUGUGUUGCCCGUGUUUGAAGACGUGAAAAUUAAAGAAGAAAAAAAUUCAGAAAAAAAUUUGGAAAAAAAGAUAAACAAAAACGAAGAAGAAAAAAAGUGCGAAACUCAAGACGUGAAAAACAGAGAAAGUCAAACACCUAAAAACGAGGAGAAACAAAACGAAGUGUUGAUAUCGAAAAAAGAAACACAACAACAAGACGAAAGAAUCCAAAGUGUCUUUGAAUCUGAAAAGAACAAUUUGAUGGGAAAACAAAGUAUAGAUAUUUAUAAUAAAAAUGUUAAUAAGAAUAGUUCAGACACACAAGAAGAGAAAUGCAAAGAAGAACAACUUAAACUGCCAAAAACUCUGGAAGAAGAUGUCCAAACAGAAAAUUUUAACAGUGAAAAAGACUUGAAAGAAGAAAGGAAAGAUGUUUUAACGGAACAACUUCAAGACAUACAAACAAAUAAAGAAGAUAUAAAUACAACAAAUAUCAAUUUAACUGUGAUUGAAAAAGAAGAAAAACCGAAAUCAACAGAAACGCAACAAAAUGAAAUUACAAAAACAGUUGAAAUAUUGAAAGAAAAUGAAAGUAACAAAACACUUCAAAAUGACACGCAAAUAAAACCCCUCGACGAAAAACAAAUUUCCGAACUCACAAAAAAGUUCACCGCAACAAAAGUAUUUGACAUCACAAAAUUAUCUCCGCGCGCUUUAAAAGCAGAUGAAACUUUAAAAAUUGAGAAUAAAAAACACUCACAAGAGAGCGAAAGUGUUACACCAGCAAAAACAGAAACAGUUGAAAUACCAAAAAGUCAAGAUUUAAAAAAUUUUAAAAAUUCAGAAGAAUUGGAAGAAUUUAAAAAUAUAAAACACUCAAAAGACUCAGAAAAUUCAGAAGAAUUAAAAAAUUCAAAAGAAUUGGAAGAAUUAAAAAAGUCAAAAAAUUUAAAACAAUCAGAAGACUCAAAAGAAUUAAAAAAUUUGGAAGAUUCAAAAAAUUUACAAAAUUUCAACGAUUCAAAAAUUUUUAAAAAUUCAAAAGACUCAAAAGAAUUAAAAAAUUUCAAACAAUUAAAAGAAUUAAAAGACUCAAAAGAAAAGAACCAAACUGAAACAGUUACUCGCGACGUUGUAUCCACUAAAAAUGAUUAUUUAGACUAUUCUAUGAUUUAUUCCCUUCAGCGUUUAUUCAGUGAUAUGGCCCUUGGCGUCUGUACCUGUUCGAAUACGACUGAAUUUUGUCGACAAGCUCAUGGGAGUUGUUAUGAAGUGAUUCAGUGUCAUCUGCAGAUGGAUGCGCAGGAGUUUUUUAACACGACGAUAUCUGCAAUGGAGAGCUGCAAGUUGUAUCACAACGUCUUGGCUGCCGCCGACCUUUUUAAAGGGAAGAUGCAAAUAAUUAUAAAAAGUCGCUGUGGGCACUGUAUUAAACGCGUUGAGCCAUUCUGCUGUUGUCCACUUGAGGUCGAGAGGUUUUCUAAAGUGGCACUUUCGCUGCAGAAUUUGGUGGAGGGAAGCACGUUGUGCGACUACCGAUGCGAAGAGUGCGGGGUAGUCUCCGACGCGACACGAAGCGAAAUGUUUGAGGAGCUGCCGGAGAUGUUGGUCUUCCAUUUGAAGAGAUUUGUGUACAACGACGUCUUCGAGAUUGUCAAAUACAACGGGUACUUUGAAUACCCUGAGGUGGUCGAUUUGAGCGAAUACUGUACACCACCAUGUGAAGAAGAAAAGAAAUGCGGAGAUUCAAAAACACGAGAAGGGGAGGGCGAUGAUUGUGAAAUUAACAGAACAAAUUGUGACUGUCAGGGUGUCGAGAUACAACACGAAAAAGAAGACUCCAAAAAAGACGAAAUUCAUACAAAUGUGAAAUCACAAAGUUACAAAUAUAAGUUGGUUGGUGUUGUUAUUCAUAGUGGUGGAGCACAUGGCGGGCAUUAUUUUAGUAACUGUCUGGUCGAUGGGAAAUGGCUUUGUUUCAAUGAUAGAACAGUCUCAGAAUCUGACAAUGAGAAUUGGUAUGGCGGCAAAACUAAUGCGAAUGCGUACAUGUUGUUCUAUCAGAAGAUUCACACCGAUGAAACUCCACAAACUGAUAACAUCAAAAUUUCGAAUGAACAGCCAACACGUGAGAAAAUCGAUGUUUUAAAUGACACAAAAAAAUGUGAAAAAACAGACGACCACACGCGUCUUCAAGAAAUCCAAAAAACUCAAAGUGUUCCAAACAGUCUCGCAAGUAUUUCGAAUAUCACAGAUUUAAAUUUGAUUGACAAAGAUUUAUUGAAGUAUAUGAAGAAAAGAAACGACUACUAUUAUCUCUGUUCCAGAGCGUUCAACCCGACUUUCACGGACUUUUUAGUCUCUGAAAUCGUUCACUUUCAAUAUGUUGGAAACAUUUUAGUAUUUGCGCGCUCGGUCUUGUCGUCGAGUAGUUCUCAAAUCGCGAAAAUUUUUAUUUCCCUUGAUUCCGUGUUAACAGCGGCCUUGGCGCAGGACAUCUUAACAGAGAUUUCAUCGAAUUUGAAGUACUUUAUUAUAUCGGCAUCGCCCCUUCUUCAAAAAAGUCUGAAAAUGGCGCAAAAUACCGUUUUCAAAGAAGCUGUUGUGAACGAAGUUGUUGAAGGCACGAGCGGCGCGCUGGUCAUAUUAAAAAAUCUUUUAGACGAGAAACAAGUGAAGUUGGUGAAUGCGAUGGAUUUGGCUUUAAAUUGGAUUAUGGGAGGGUCCACUAAAUACACACGAAAUGACGGCAACGCCGCGUUUGAAAUCUUCUUGAAAGCAAUUGAAGAGAACGUCUUCAAUUUUUCAGAGCAAUUUAUUAUUAAAACAGUUGGGACGAGAGCUGGGGAGUGUCUUGUGAGAAAAGUCUUAGAUAAAUUCCCAACUAAAGUAAUCGACUCCGCCGUAUUAAAAAUGAUGAAUGAAGUCUUAACUACAAGAGUUGUGACUAAUGACCAAAUUUUACAGUUGAAAAGACUUAACUUCUCAAGAAACUGCGCAGACACGAUUGUGAGGAAAUGCCUCGGAAGAGUCUCAAAUUGUCACCAAUUUGAAAUUUUAAUGAUGGACUGCGCUAUUAUGCUUAAACUGGCUGCGUGCAAUAAUUAUAUACAACAACAAAUCAGUAGAAGUCUCGGAGAGUUCAAUGAAGCACUCAGUUUCUUCUCUGUUAAAAUCGUUAUUUGA